AUGAGUCCAUCCAGAGCCACCGAGCUGAGAGGAAGAGGGGCAAGCGAAUCUGGGCCACCAGGGAUCAGAUCAUUGCCAAGUACAAUGAUGAGGCAGUGGCCGACCGAAUCAUCCAGAACAAGCUGGCCAACGAGGAGACAAAGCGGACUCAAACAAAACCACAUCCGGACGAUCCGGAGAACGAGGCGCUCACCCUCUAUCUCAUAUGGGACAGCGAAGAAGAAACAUCCGAAGAGGAUGUCGUCAUGCAGCAGCUCUUCUCAGUCCUGGACGAGGACUCUGAUGAUGGCCGCCGUGGUGGAAAGAAGAACAAGAAGAGUGGCAAGAGUAAGAAGCGCAAGGCAAGCUCAUCCUCCUCCGCAAGCGAGGCUAGCCAGCUUAACUCUUAAGUUUUUUUGGUGGGGAACUUUCAUGUACAUUUUCCCGAAUUGCUCACCAAAGUGUCAAAAGACUAACAUGUCUCCACUCGUGCGGCAGGAUUCCAGCAGCUCCUCAGGCAAGAAGAAGAAGAAGCAGAAGAAGGUGAAGAAAGGCAAGAAAUCCAAGAAGCAGGGCAACAGGGGCAAGAACGAAACCAAGGAGCAGAAGGAAAAGCGAAUGCAAAGAGAGAAAGAGGCAGCCCAGAAGGAGUCUGAGCGAGAAGCCGACAGAAUCAAGAAGACGGGCCUCAGCAAGGGAAAGAAAGUGUCCUGGUCAUGA